AUGUGGCGAGCCUUGAGAAAUUGUUUGGCAACAAAGGCCAACUUAGCUAGCCGUCACAUUCCUUGCUCCUCCAUAUGUCCGAUCUGUGAGGAGAAUCCUGAAAUGAUUGAGCAUGCCCUUCUUACGUGCCCAUGGGUGAUGGGGGUCUGGUUUGGGAGCCUGUUAGGAUUUAUAGGGGAUAGGCAACAUGUGACAAGCCUUGAUUGCUGGAUGUUAUCUUUGACAUCGCUCGCUGGCUCAUCAAAGGAUGAGGUUAAUCGUGUUGUUACUAUAAUGUCCUUCUUGAUGUGGAGUAUCUGGAAGGCUCUCUACAAAGCCAUUUUCGAGCAACAGCUUCCAAAUCCUGGCUUGGUGAUCCAGGGUGCAAAGGAGUCCUGGACAGAUUUUCUAAACUCCGCUCCAACUUUAGGGGCCGUCAACAGAGAUGUGGAUAAGGAAUCUGAGGUGGUGAGGAGCACAUUAUGGCAAGCCCCUCUCACCCCUUAUUUGAAACUAAAUGUUGAUGCUGCUUGGUUCAGUAACUCUGGGCACACUGGCAUUGGAAUAUUAUUAGGAAUCACCAUGGGGAGUUCAAAAGUGGUAAAGUGUGCUGGACGACGUCUAUGUCUGUUGUGGAUGCGAAGCUCGGGCUGUUAUUGA